UUUAGAUCAAAGUCCUUUCUAUAAGUGCAAGAGUUUUUAAGACAUACGUCAAUGUCAACAUAUGAUAUAUUGUGAUUGGACGAAAUCAGUAAAGUGUGGAAAUGAAAGAUGUUUUAUUUUAAAGUUACAGGCACAUGAUGUUGUUUAAAUUGGGUUUUGUUGUAUUCUGUGCUGCUGUUAUACACCAUGUUUACAAGUACAUAUUACUUAUGCAGUAUGAGCAAUAUGAUGUUAUAUAUACACAUCACCCAGGACCAUGUAAACAAUUGUUGGGGAAAGACGGCGGAGGUUCUGAAGAUAUCACUACUCUGUCUGAUGGUCUAACGUUUAUAAGCUCUGGAUUUUUUCCAUCAGCGAAAGGUCGGAUUCUUUCAUUCAAUUUUAGUGAUCCUGAUGAAACCUUAACAGAAUUAGUAAUAGAGCCUACGAUUUCUAAGUUUCACCCUGUUGGAAUAAGUGUUUGGGAAGAGCAAUCAUCAAACAAAAUAACUCUUUUUGUUGUGAAUACGGGUUUUGACGGCGGAGUAACAGAAACGAUUGAGGUAUUUGAAUUCAAACGUGGAAUAUCGGAACUGCGGCAUAUAAAAACCAUUUCUUCAGAAGGUAGAUUAAUGAAUGAUAUCUUAGCAAUAAGUAACGACUCAUUUUAUGCAACACAGUAUCUGGAAUAUUACAACAACAAAUAUUUAUCACCAUUAGAAAUAUACGGUAUGAUGAAGUUGGGAAAAGUAUGGUUCUAUGAUGGGCAUGAGUUUAAACAAGUUUUAUCUGAUCUUGGAUAUCCAAACGGAAUAAAUGCUUCACCAGAUUUAAGCACUAUAUAUAUCGCUGAAUUCUGGAGUAAACAAAUUAAUGCAUUCCAGCGACAGAAGGACAAUAGUCUUCAUUUAAUGCAGACUAUAUUCAUUGAUACAGCACCAGACAACAUAGAAGUUGAUCCUGUGACAGGAGACCUUUGGAUUGGAUGCCACGCUCGUACCCAUCUUCUUCAUAAAUAUGAAGAAGUAAAUGGUCAAUCAUGGUCACCAUCCCAAGUUCUCAAAAUAAAAACAGAGAAUGGUAACCUUACAUCUGAUAUCACAGAGGUAUUUCUUGACAAUGGUGAAUUUUGUUCAGGAUCAGCGACAGCUUCGUAUUAUAAAGGACGACUGCUUAUAGGGACAGUUGGAACCGAACUGAUACUAUGUGAUGUUCUUUAUAACCCAUAAUGAGGAAUGAACUAAUCUCGUUUAUUUCUUAGUAUACUGUAUUUACUUAUUUAGCAGUGUUCGCUUACGUGCCACUAAAUAUGCAGGAUCACUCUUCAA